AUGAAAUGCCAGCACCGGGCCCCGAUCGAAAAUGCUCGAGUAUAUGAUGAAGAACAACCUUUCGAAGAGCUUCACACGUGCGUACUGUCUCUUACGUCUUCUUUCAACCAAGAUGUCCAUGUUCAAGAGCUGGAUGGGUCUCAUACAGAUUUGUGUAAUCAUAAAGGCAUCGGCACGUUGUGCGUGAUGAACAUCACGCAGCAAUUCAGCAGAACAUGGGCAAGAACAAUGGCGGUGUAA